AGAGAUGAUAUCAAAACAAGUUCAACUGUUUAACGGGUAAAAUAACACCUAGCUGAUCACAACAGGAAUAGCGAUGGUUAUGUGUAUCAAAUUGUUGUCCAUCUUGGUUUCUUCUUUGCUGUUUGUUGCUCCAAGUUAUGCUGCUUUUACAACUACAAACGCUAACAACAUACACAGUGCGGUGUUAGGAGCCUCCUACAACUACCUCGUCAGACCUGCAGAGCUGACCAAUGUUUACCUGGAGUUCGUGAUUUUUUCCAUCAACUCAGUGGAUAUGAAAAGUCAAACCAUAUCUCUGUCAGGAUGGCUCACAAUUAAAUGGCAGGACGACCGCCUGACCUGGACUCCCGCGAGUUAUGGCGAUAUCGACAUGAUUUUUACAGCACCAUCCAAGAUCUGGAAACCGGAAAUUAUUGUCGAGAACUCGGUUGCUGGGAUGGAAAUCAUUGGACCAGAUAACAUGCUUUUCCAAAUCAAAAGUACCGGCGAGGUUCGCUGGGACCCGCCCGGACUCUAUGACGUGCAUUGUGAGAUGGACGUAACCUACUUUCCUUUUGAUUACCAGACCUGCUAUCUACAAGUCACCAGCUGGGUGUACGAUACCAACAAAGUCAACUUGACGAGGGCCACCGAUUACGUCAACACCGAGGACUACAACGAGAAUGGGGAGUGGGUCCUGUACUCUAACUCCGUCACCGAGACCUCCCGUACAGAGGAAGGGGAAACGUUUUCUACCGUCAACUUUGUCCUGACUUUGAAGAGACGUUCCGGCUAUUACCUGUCGCAGAUCAUAUUCCCAAUUCUCGUCAUAAGUUUCCUCACAAACAUCACGUUCCUGUUACCCACGGACUCCGGCGAGAAGAUCUCCUUUAUACUGACCGUCCUCCUGUCCCUAGCGGUCCUACUAACGUUGAUUGGCGACAGUAUGCCGACUACCUCCAGACACAUCUCAAUUCUAUCUGUGUACCUGUCGAUAGUUUUGUCACUCUCUGGUAUCGUCAUUCUUGUUACCGUCCUCAAUCUCCGGUUGUUCCUGAAAGCCAAACAGAAAGAGGUUCCAAACUGGCUUAAAAAGUUUACUACGGCCAUUCUUGUCCCGUGCUCUUGCCAAUCUCCAAAGGCGGGCGAAGACUCCGCAAAAGUUGAGCCUUUCAUAAAGGAAAAAUCGAAUGCAGUAAGCGUCAUCGACUUUGAAGGAGAAAAGGUAGAUGUGGUCGAGAACAAUAAAUUGAAAAAUAAGACACUAAAACGGCGCAGUCGAAGGAAGGAGGAGUUCGAAAAGAGUCCGGACACGGUUGAGAGAGACCCAGAUUUCCCGUAUCUGUGCCGAGAUAUCUCGGGAAUGCUUGACUGGUUCUUCUUUCACUUAUUUAAUUUAUUUAAUGUCAUUCUGACGAUAAUUUUCAUGGCGAUACUUGCUGCUGGUUCCCAGCCCAAAUGAGUACAUGUGCCUAUAUGCACGUUGCAUCAAUUCAUUCUCUUAUAUCUAUUAGAUAUAUUUUACUUAUA